AAUUUUGAUGAGCUACCUCAAAUUUACGCCGAAUUAAAUAAAAAGUUUAAAUGUAAUUCUGUUUUGCCAUCUACUGACGUGUUACAAAAACAACUUACUUUUGGUUUUAUCCAAAGAAAUUGCCAUGCAGAAUACUACCUUCCUGCCUAUGUGAAAGCAAAGAAGGAUGGUUGCGCAAUUACGUUGAAGUCUCAGGUCAAUGGAAAUUGCCUGUACAGUUCUAUGGCGUUGUGUUUGUUUGGGAAAAAUGUGAUGGUUGACGACUUACGAAUUCGUGUGUCAGUGGAGCUAAUGAUGAAUGCUAGCUUUUACUGUAAGCAUCCUUUAUUUUCUUCUAUCCUUGCUCUUCCAGAAAGUCUCUUUAAAUCUAUGGAAGAUAUUCUCAAUAUGUCUGUCUGCAAUUCUGCAUUUAACACAGACAAAAAACAAGAAGACUUAGUUAAGGAGGUAGCCAUUUUAAAUUUAGUAGAUCGAAAAUAUUGUUCCUUUCUUGCUAUGCUUGCUCUGUCAUCUGUCACAAACAGGAAUAUAUUUUCUUAUUACCCAGAUUAUGGAUGCAAAAAAGCUCAAAUGUUGUUUAACCAAUUAAUAGAGCCUAGACAACCAAGCUCUGCUUUUGCUAUUCACAUUUUGUUUUGCUAUGAGGGCUUACUUCCAUCCAGAGAAAAUUUUGCACCUAAUCAUUUCGUUCCAAUUAUUUUUAAGCAGAUACGUAAACGCAAGUCAGGUUCAGCUGCGGACACAAAAGUUUUAUCUCCUCCUGUGAAAAGGCAAACAAGGUUUUUUCCGGAUGCACAGGCAACAGGGAAAUUAUCUCUUGUAAAACCUGUGAUUAAAGAUAAACAGUUUAAUUUCUUUCCUAAUAAAGCUUCCUUUAACAAUAAACUAACUGAAGAUUAGAAAGAUAGUAACAAUAAUAGCACAUCUGCUGAAGAUUUUAAUAACAAUGACAAAGCUUUAAAUGAUAUUUCCUUUGCUACUGUUUUAAAUUUUGAACAUCAAUAUGACGUUGCCUCUUUCCUUUCUAAAGUUUCAGGUCUAGAUGAUAAAGGUGUACACAACCUAAUCACCAAUGUUUUUGUGCCCGAUAAAUCUUUUAUUUUUCCUAAAAAAAGUGGGCGUUUCUUUCGGCAUGAAUGGCUAAAGACCUUUUCAUGGCUUAAAUAUUCACCAACUUUGGAUGGAGCAUUUUGUUUGCCAUGUAUCCUUUUUGGUCACAAGGUUGCUAACAAAACUUCUAAGUUACAGAAAUUGCUUUCUCAACCUUUUCGACAUUGGCCAGCUGCCAAAAACUUUUUUAAACAACAUGAAACAUCAAAAAAUGGUUUACACAUUUAAGCCUAACUUUUAGUGCAUUUGUAAAGAAUUUUUUAGGACAAACUCAACCAAUCAGUGUAAUCAUAGAUUCCAACUACAAAAACAGGUUGCUGAUAAUCGAAAGUUCUUAACACCAAUUGUUGACACCAUAAUUUUAUGUGGUCGUGUUUGUAUUCCUCUUCGUGGCCACAGGGAUGAUAGUAAAUAUCAUCCUGAAGUUGGAAAUUUUUCAACUGGUUCAACUGGCAAUUUUAUUGAUCUUUUAAAUUACAGAGUACGUGGUGGAGACACAACCCUUGAAAAUCAUCUUCUAAAAUGUAAUAAGAAUUCUUCUUAUAUUUCUAAAACUUCACAGAAUGAAAUAAUUAAUUGUUGUGCAGAUAUAAUCACAGAAAAUAUUGUUUCUGAAGUUAAGAAAAACAAGUUUUUUACGAUUAUAGCUGAUGAAGCAUCAGAUACAUCCAAUAAAGAGCAGUUAUCAUUAGUUUUACGCUAUGUAGAUAGCAAUUUUGACAUUAAAGAAGAUUUCAUUCGAUUUCUUCACUGUAAGGAAGGUUUAUCUGGAAGUGCUCUUGCUUCCAUUAUGCUCAAAGCUCUAAGUGA